AUGGAAGCUUUUAAAUUGUGCGUUUGCCUUUUGUUUUGUGCACUCUGCUGCCCAACAGUCCUGUGUACGCCUCUCGAUGAUUACGUCAUGAAAGCCGAUAGUCAUUAUGACUACCACGUGUUGAGCGAUAGGACGGUACACGUUCCCAAUGGCUAUACAAUUUAUGUGCUGAAUAUGACAUCACAAAAGUGGUUGUCCGAGCUAAAGGUGGAUCAAUCCUUAUGGUCACAUGACCUGUAUAUCACUGUACCCGAUAAACUCACCAUCAUGGAUGCUGGGUUCAUCUACGUCACUGGAGGACACAACGGCGGCGUUCCCGAUGACCCAACUUCGAACAAAGAUGUAUUGAUGAGUUCCAUGUUUGCCCUGGGCACGGGCAGGUUGGAAGAUCCGCAAAAUAAGACUCGUUCCGAAGACGGUAUCAUCGCUUAUACGUGGAAGCAUUAUUUGGAUGACCCUACCCAACCAGAGUACCUGCUUCGCCUGCCCAUGACAAAGGCUGUGGUUCGUGCCAUGGAUACCAUCAGUGAUUUUGUCAAGAAAAUCAAUCCAAAAGCAAACGUUCAGAAGUAUAUGAUUGCGGGUGGGUCGAAGCGUGGCUGGACGACAUGGACAACGGCUGCAGUGGAUAAACGUGUAUUUGCCAUGGCUCCUAUUGUAUUAGACUGUUUAAACUUUGUGAAGAAUUUACAUCAUCACUACCGAUCCCUGGGUGGUUGGACGUUUGCCUUUGAAGACUAUUAUGAUGAAGGCAUCACGAAACAUAUAGACGACGCCCUCACUCAGAAAAUGUUCGAUAUUGUAGAUCCGUACGCGUACAAAGAAAGAUUAACAAUGCCAAAACUAAUCGUUACUGCAUCUGGCGAUGAGUUCUUUCUUCCCGAUGAUUCCCACUACUACUAUGACAAUAUACCCGGGCCCAAGUUUCUUAAGGUGACGCCCAACUCUGAGCAUAGUCAAACUGGUCACUAUGUCGACGACUUAUUUGCCAUGAGGGCAUUCUUCCUCGCCGUUUAUUACGAUUACAAGUUGCCAAAUAUGACAUGGACUCGAAGUGAGACUGCAACCACAGGUAGUAUCACUCUCGUGACUGACGUUACUCCACUCACAGUGAAAUGCUUCAGAGCCAAGACAUUGGGGAAAACAAGAAGAGACUUCAGACUCGUAAGGAUCGAUCCGGCAACUGGGCAGCCAGGACCUCAAGCGAUUCCGUGGUUGCCAUUCGACGUUCAAAAUAUGGGUCAAGGUAAAUACAAGGCAGAGUUUGGCAAAGAAGAUGGUGUGUGGAUUGGAUUCUAUAUUCAGGCCACGUAUCCUGGUCCUAAAGACACCAUCUUGGAAUUCACCACUGAAGUUCAUAUCAUUCCAGAUGAGUUUCCAUUCGCGGAUUGCAAAGGAGAAGGUUGCUAUGGCAUCCUCGUUUAA